CUCCCGUCUAGCAUGUUUCUGUGCUUUUAUGUAAUGUGUGCCAUGGUCCGGACCGAGCUGUGUUGACAAUAGGCUGAGAAGAACCAGCCCUGAUCCCAGAACCAGAGCUGAUCCAGGCUGCAGGUCCGCCGGUUCCGGGGCUCCUCACCGUUACGCUGAGCCCCGCUAACGGGAGUUGAAGCUUUUCCCUUCGGAUGGGAAGCUGUCUGCGGGUUUGGCUGCUUUAGGCCGAGCUCUGCCGCUGGGAGAGGCUGCUUUCACCGAGCUGGAGGCGGCCGCGCUAGCCUGACAGUUAACCCGCCAGAGGACGGGUCUCAGCCGCAGGGGGAUCAGGGGACUGAGGGGGAUCAGGAAGAGGCUCCAGGUUCACGACUCGGAUCGGUGUGUGUCUCUGUCUGGGUGAACCGAGGCUAACGUUAGCCCUGUAUUUACAUCCGGGAUGAUGGGUGAUCGCCCCAGCCCACCCAGGGCCAUGUCCUCUGCACCCACCUCGUCUCCAUCUGUGGACAAAGUGGACGGAUUUUCCCGGAAGUCUGUGAGGAAGGCCAAGCAGAAGAGGUCCCAGAGCUCCUCCCAGUUUCGCUCUCAAGGGAAACCCAUCGAGCUCACGCCGCUGCCCCUGCUCAAAGACGUUCCAGCACCGGAGCAGCCGGAACUGUUCUUAAAGAAGCUACAACAGUGCUGCACCGUCUUCGACUUCAUGGACACGCUGUCCGACCUCAAGAUGAAAGAGUAUAAACGCUCCACCCUCAACGAGCUGGUGGACUACGUGACUGUCAGCCGUGGCUACCUGACAGAGCAGGCCUAUCCUGAGGUGGUCAAAAUGGUUUCUUAUAACAUCUUCCGGACCCUUCCACCCAGUGACAGCAAUGAGUUUGACCCAGAGGAAGAUGAACCCACGCUUGAGGCCUCCUGGCCACAUUUACAGUUGGUUUAUGAAUUCUUCAUCCGGUUCUUGGAGAGUCAGGAGUUCCAGCCCAGCAUUGCCAAAAAGUACAUAGACCAGAAGUUUGUUCUACAGCUGUUGGAGUUGUUUGACAGCGAGGAUCCUCGAGAAAGAGACUAUCUGAAGACGGUGUUGCAUAGAAUCUAUGGGAAAUUUCUUGGGCUGAGGGCUUUUAUACGAAAACAGAUCAACAAUAUUUUUUUACGUUUUGUUUAUGAGACGGAGCACUUCAACGGAGUGGCCGAGCUGCUGGAGAUACUGGGGAGUAUAAUCAAUGGUUUUGCUCUGCCUCUGAAAGCAGAACAUAAGCAGUUCCUGGUUAAAGUCUUGAUCCCGCUUCAUACGGUCCGGAGUCUCUCCCUCUUCCAUGCUCAAUUGGCUUAUUGCAUUGUACAAUUCUUGGAGAAAGACCCGACAUUAACAGAACCAGUCAUCAGGGGAUUACUGAAGUUUUGGCCAAAGACCUGCAGUCAGAAAGAGGUGAUGUUCCUUGGAGAGCUGGAGGAAAUUCUGGACGUCAUAGAGCCCACGCAGUUCGUGAAGAUCCAGGAGCCGCUUUUCAAACAGAUCUCCAGAUGUGUUUCCAGUCCACACUUCCAGGUUGCAGAGCGAGCUUUGUACUACUGGAACAACGAAUACAUCAUGAGUCUGAUCGAGGAAAACUCCAGCGUCAUCCUGCCCAUCAUGUUUGCCAGUCUGUACAGGAUCUCCAAAGAACACUGGAACCCGUGAGUCCAUCUGCACCAUUUACUGACACAU